ACUAGUUUAUCGGCCGCGUUCGCACUAAAUUCCAACUAACUGUAUUUGCUUAGCGAUUAUAACAUGUAAAUAAAUUAAUGAAAUAUGGCUAUUUAUCGUCCCCGAGGAACUCUGGCACGCGUCAUCCACGCAAAGUUCCACAAUGAUAACUCUCUGGAAAACAUAGACACUAGAAAGUGGUAUUCCUUGGCCCACGACCUUCCCCAGCGCUUCCAAGCCAAGUUCGUGGCCCUGGAGCCAGAUGCGACCACGGUGAGUUGGUUGGAGCGUGCCAAGGCCUUAUCGACGAACAUUUGGACGCACUUGUGGCACGCCCUGGCCAGAUCUAUUCUCCAGUUCUUCAUGACGCAGACGGACAUCAAUGGCUUCCUAAAAAGAGGCUCAAUGUUUAUCCUGUCGGAAGCGCAGUUCCAUAAGCUACUCGUGGCCGGCGGCUUCUCACCAGCAUCUGUAACUGAACCGGUGACGCUGCUGGACAUUGGUGCUGGCGAUGGCGAGAUCUCCCUGCGAGUUGCUAACACUGUCGCCGAGCUAAGUGGCAGUGCCGGUCUCCGGGUGUUUGCCACGGAGGCCAGCUGGACCAUGCGGGAGCGGCUAAAGAAGCUGAACUUUAAUGUAAUCAAUGAGAUUGGCGGGCUAGAGAACGUAGAGUUAAUUUUGUGCCUGAACGUGCUGGAUCGGUGCUUUGAUUCGUUCAAGCUGCUGGAGGACAUACACGUUGCUCUCGCUCCCAAUGGCCGAGCCGUGGUGGCCUUGGUACUUCCAUACAUGCAUUACGUAGAGACAAACACCUCCCACUUGCCACUGCGCCCGCUUCUGGAGGGAACCGGGCGACAAACGUCGUUCGAGGAAGAGGCCAGCCGGUUUAUGGAGCUGCUGGAGAACUGCGGCUUUCGUGUAGAGUCGUGGACGAAGGCGCCAUAUCUGUGCGAGGGAGACCUGCAUCAAUCAUUCUAUUGGCUAAUCGACCUAAUCGUUGUCAUCUCAAAGAAGAUCUAGAAAUCCGCGCGUUCCACAGAUCCAACACAAUCUACCGAAAAUAUUGUAAUCGUUUUCCUCUUAGCGCAAAUUUCUGUGGCUGCUGCAUUGAUAAACUGAGCAUUUAUACUUAUUACUUAUUAAAUGUAGGCUAUGAAAUAGGUAAACAAUUUAUUCUUAAACAAUUACCAAAAAUGUUUAAAUUAAAGUGCGAGAGAUUUCAAAUCA